AUGUACGGCUCAGGAACGGGCCCUCAAACGGGCAUCAACACCCCGAGGUCCAGCUCGUCUCUCCGCCCAUUGACCCUGUCUCAUGGCACCCUCGACACCUCCUUCCUCAUUCCUACCAGCCUUCACUUCCACGCCACCCAAUUGAAGGACCGCUUCAUUGCGAGUCUCCCCCCGGCCACAGAUGAGCUUGCCCAAGACGACGAGCCCUCGUCUGUCCCGGAGUUGGUGGCAAGAUAUAUGGGGUUUAUUGCAAAGGAGGUGGAUGAAGGCGAGGACGACGGGCAAGGUUCCUACGAAGAAGUUCUCAAGCUCAUCAUAAACGAGUUUGAGCGAGCAUUCCUCCGCGGCAACGAGGUCCACGCUUUGGCGGUGACCUUACCUGGCAUCGUUAGCAAAAAGCUCGAAAUCGUCCGAAGUUACUAUUUCGCCCGCUCCGUAUCGAACCGUGCCAUCAAGCCACACGAGUCUGCCCUUUUCAGAGCUUCUGAUGAUGGCUCUGCCAAGGUCUUCACAAUUUUUGGCGGUCAGGGAAACAUCGAGGAGUACUUUGAGGAGCUGCGAGAACUCUACCAGACAUACCCCACAUUCAUUGGAGAGCUUAUCACUUCGGCGGCAGAGCUGCUCCAGUCUCUCUCCAACGAACCCAGUGCCGAGAAGACCUACGCCAAGGGUUUGGAUAUCAUGACAUGGUUGACCGACCCUGAUUCCACCCCUGAUGUAGAUUAUCUGGUUUCGGCCCCAGUGAGCUUCCCCUUGAUUGGGCUCGUCCAGAUGGCUCAUUACGAGGUCACCUGCAGAAUCCUGGGUCUUGACCCUGGCCAAUUCCGUGAACGACUUGUCGGCUCAACUGGUCACUCGCAGGGUAUUGUCAUGGCUGCUGCUACUGCUGCUGCUGCUUCCUGGGAGUCGUGGCGCGAGAUCGCCACCUCCACUUUGACAAUCCUCUUCUGGAUCGGAGCUCGAAGCCAGCAGUCCUUCCCAGUCACCUCGAUGACACCAACUAUGCUUAGCGAGUCCUUGGAGCACGGUGAGGGAACACCAACUCCCAUGCUUAGCAUUCGUGACCUGUCACAGGCCGAAGUUCAGAAACACAUCGAUGCUACCAACCAAUAUCUGCCAGCGGAUCGCCACAUUAGCGUCUCGCUUAUCAACAGCCCCCGCAACCUUGUUGUAACUGGCCCUCCCACAUCGCUCUACGGUCUCAACUCGCAGCUGCGGAGGGUGAAGGCGCCUACCGGACUUGACCAGACCAGAAUUCCCCACACUGAGAGAAAGGUCCGCUUCUCGAACCGUUUCUUGCCCAUCUCGGCUCCUUUCCACAGCAAGUACUUGGCCGAAGCUACCGCUUUGAUCGACGAGGAUCUCAAGGAUAUCAGCAUUGACGCAUCCGAGCUUGGAAUCCCUGUAUUUGACACAAACAACGGCUCUGACCUGCGAGAGUCAGUCCAGGGCAACCUUGUCCCCACGCUUGUGCGCCUCAUCACGCGCGACCCUGUCAACUGGGAGAAGGCUACUAUCUUCCCGGAUGCCACUCACAUCAUUGAUUUCGGCCCUGGUGGCAUCUCUGGCUUGGGUAUACUCACAAGCCGAAACAAGGAAGGAACUGGUGUCCGUGUCAUUCUUGCCGGUUCCAUUGACGGAACUGUUACUGAAGUUGGCUACAAGCCUGAACUCUUUGAUAGAGACGAGGAGCAUGCGGUCAAAUACGCCAUUGACUGGGUCAAGGAGUUUGGCCCCAGACUUGUCAAGACCUCUCGUGGAACUACCUAUGUCGACACCAAGAUGAGUAGACUCCUGGGUCUUGCGCCCCUUCUGGUCGCGGGUAUGACACCCUGUACAGUUCCAUGGGACUUUGUUGCCGCCACCAUGAACGCUGGUUACCAUAUUGAGCUGGGUGGUGGUGGUUAUUUCCACCACAGCGGCAUGACCGACGCCCUCAACAAGAUCGAGCGCGCUAUUCCCGCCGGCCGUGGUAUCGCCGUCAACUUGAUUUAUGUGAACCCGCGUGCUAUGGCCUGGCAGAUCCCACUUCUCGCCAGAUUGCGUGCCGAGGGUCUCCCUAUUGAGGGUCUUACUAUUGGUGCCGGUGUUCCCUCCAUCGAGGUUGCACAGGAGUACAUUGAGACUUUGGGCUUGAAGCACAUCUCGUUCAAGCCAGGUUCCGUGGAGGCUAUCCAAGCUGUCAUCAACAUCGCCAAGGCUAACCCUCACUUCCCUGUCAUGCUCCAGUGGACCGGUGGUCGUGGUGGUGGUCACCAUUCCUUUGAAGAUUUCCACCAGCCUAUUCUCCAAAUGUACGGACGUAUCCGCCGACAGGAGAACAUCAUUCUCGUUGCUGGCAGUGGUUUUGGUGGAUCUGAUGACACUUACCCUUACAUCACUGGCCAGUGGUCUAAGAAGUACGGCUACCCUCCUAUGCCCUUUGAUGGAUGCCUGUUUGGUAGCCGCAUGAUGGUCGCCAAAGAAGCCCAUACUAGCAAGGCCGCCAAGCAGGCCAUCGUGGAUGCUCCUGGUCUGGAUGAUGCCCAGUGGGAGCAGACUUACAAGGGCCCUGCUGGUGGUGUCAUCACCGUCCGUUCCGAAAUGGGCGAGCCAAUCCACAAGCUUGCUACCCGCGGAGUUCGUUUCUGGGCUGAGAUGGACCAGAAGAUCUUCAGCUUGCCCAAGGAGAAGCGUAUUCCCGAGCUCAAGAAGAACCGUGACUACAUCAUUAAGAAACUCAAUGACGAUUUCCAAAAGGUUUGGUUUGGAUGCAACAAGAACGGCAAGGCCGUUGACCUUGAGGAUAUGACAUACGCUGAGAUUGUUCGCCGCCUCGUUGACCUGCUCUAUGUUAAGCAUCAAUCUCGAUGGAUUGACCCAUCUUUUGUUCGACUGACUGCCGACUUUAUCCACCGUGUCGAGGAGCGAUUUACCAGCUCUACCGGCCAGCCCUCGCUGCUGCAGAACUAUGCUGACUUGGACACGCCUUUUGAGACGGUUGACCGGAUUUUGUCCCACUACUCCGAGGCAGAGACUCAGGUUGUGAACGCUCAAGAUGUUCAGCAUUUCCUCCUGCUCUGCUUGAGGCCUACGCAGAAGCCAGUCACGUUCAUCCCUGCUCUGGAUGAGAACUUCGAAUUUUUCUUCAAGAAGGAUUCUCUUUGGCAGUCCGAGGACCUCGAUGCUGUUAUCGGUCAGGACGUUGGCCGCACAUGUAUCCUCCAGGGACCUACUGCGGCAAAGUUCUCUACGGUUCUUGAUCAGCCAAUCAAGGAGAUCUUGGAUGGAAUCCACAAUGCUCACAUUGAUGCCUUGACGAAUGAUAUCUACAAGGGUGAUGCCAACGCCAUCCCCGUUGUCGAGUACUUCGGUGGUAAGCUUGUGGAAUCAGAGAUUCCUCUGGAUAUUGAAAGCUUGACUGUUAGCUACGACACACACAAGAACACUUACCGCAUUUCCAACUCGGUUAAUGCUACCAUCCCCCCAGCUGACCAGUGGCUUGCUCUCCUUGCCGGCCCUAACCGUAACUGGAGACAUGCCAUGAUCAUGUCUGAGGUCAUUGUCCAGGGCAAGAAGUUCCAAACCAAUCCCUUGCGACGUAUUUUCGCUCCCUCGAGAGGUUUGUUCGUUGAGAUCCAGUAUCCCAACGAUCCUGCUAAGACUACUAUCGUUGUCAAGGAGCAGCCCAGACACAACCAGUACGUUGAUGUCAUUGAAGUCAAGCUCACUGGCUCGAACGAGAUCACUGUCAAUUUGAUCAAGGAUACCACCGCCCUUGGUGAGCCAGCAUCUCUUCCCCUCAAGUUCAAGUACUUGCCCGAGGCUGGUUAUGCUCCGAUUCACGAGGUCAUGGAAGGCCGAAAUGAUCGCAUCAAGGAAUUCUACUGGCGAGCUUGGUUUGGCAAUGAUGAGCUCGACCUGGACGCCCUUGUCACCAGCCAGUUCGACGGUGGCAAGACUACCAUCACCACUGAGGCCAUCAACGACUUCGUCCAUGCUGUCGGCAACAAUGGUGAGGCUUUCGUCGACCGACCUGGCAAAACCGUUUUCGCUCCUAUGGACUUCGCCAUUGUGAUUGGCUGGAAGGCUAUCACCAAGCCUAUCUUCCCUCGCACAAUUGAUGGCGAUCUUCUCAAGCUUGUCCAUCUCUCCAACGAGUUCCGUAUGCUUCACGGUGCUGAGCCUCUCAAGAAGGGCGAUGUGGUUUCGACCACUGCACAGAUCAAUGCCAUCAUCAACCAGGAAUCUGGCAAGAUGGUUGAGGUCUGCGGUACUCUUUCACGUGAUGGGUCGCCUGUCAUGGAAGUCACUUCUCAAUUCUUGUACAGAGGCGCCUACACCGACUAUGAAAACACUUUCCAGCGCAAGACUGAGACCCCCAUGCAAGUCCAUCUCGCGACAUCUCGUGACGUUGCUGUCCUGAAGUCAAAGCAGUGGUUCAACGCAGAUGAAAUCCCUACCGAGAUUGAACUUCUUGGCCAGACAUUGACCUUCCGCCUGCAGAGCUUGGUCCGAUUCAAGAACAAGAGUGUCUUCAGCAGUGUUGAGACUCGUGGCCAGGUUCUCCUUGAGCUUCCUACCAAGGAGGUCAUCCAGGUCGCCAGUGUUGAUUAUGAGGCUGGCGAGUCCCACGGCAACCCAGUCAUUGAUUACCUGACCCGCAAUGGUUCUACUCUUGAUCAACCUAUCAACUUUGAGAACCCCAUUCCCCUCAGCGGCAAGUCUCCUCUGCAGCUCCGUGCUCCUACCUCGAACGAGAUCUAUGCCCGUGUCUCCGGAGACUACAACCCCAUUCACGUCUCUCGUGUCUUCUCAAGCUAUGCUGACCUGCCUGGUACGAUUACCCACGGCAUGUACUCGAGCGCCGCAGUCCGCAGCCUUGUUGAAACUUGGGCUGCGGAAAACAACAUUGGUCGUGUGCGAAGCUUCCACGCCUCUUUGGUAGGUAUGGUUCUUCCCAACGACGAUAUCCAGGUCAAGCUCCAGCACACUGGUAUGGUUUCAGGCCGAAAGAUCAUCAAGGUUGAGGCCAGCAACAAGGAGACUGAGGAGAAGGUUCUCCUUGGUGAAGCUGAGGUUGAGCAGCCUGUGACUGCUUACGUGUUCACCGGUCAGGGUUCUCAGGAGCAGGGUAUGGGUAUGGAGCUCUAUGCCAGCAGCCCUGUGGCCAAGGAAGUUUGGGAUCGUGCGGAUACCUACCUCAUGGACAACUAUGGUUUCUCUAUUACCAACAUUGUGAAGAACAACCCCAAGGAGCUGACCAUUCACUUUGGUGGUCCUCGAGGCAAAGCUAUCCGACAGAACUACAUGGCAAUGACCUUCGAAACUGUCGCUGCUGAUGGCUCUGUCAAGUCUGAAAAGAUUUUCAAGGAAAUCGAUGAGAGCACUACUUCCUACACGUACCGAUCACCGACUGGUCUGCUGUCUGCCACCCAGUUCACACAACCAGCCCUUACCCUGAUGGAGAAGGCCAGUUUCGAGGAUAUGAAAUCGAAGGGCCUUGUCCCCAGAGAUAGUACUUUCGCUGGUCACUCUUUGGGAGAGUACUCUGCUCUCGCGGCUUUGGCCGAGGUCAUGCCUAUCGAGAGUUUGGUGUCGGUUGUGUUCUACCGUGGAUUGACCAUGCAAGUCGCUGUCGAGCGUGAUGCUGCUGGCCGCUCCAACUACUCCAUGUGUGCCGUGAACCCAAGCCGCAUCUCAAAGACCUUCACUGAAGAGGCACUGCAGUUUGUUGUCGACAACAUUGCAGAUGAGACUGGUUGGCUCCUUGAGAUCGUCAACUACAACAUUGUUAACAUGCAGUACGUGUGUGCUGGUGAUCUGAGGGCCCUGGAUACACUGGCUGGUGUGACCAACUUCCUCAAGAAGCAGCAGAUUGAUAUCGAGGAGAUGAGAAGCAACAUCGAAGAGGCCAAGGGUGCCCUUCGAGAAAUCAUCCGCGGAUGUGCCGAGGCCACGCUCAAGAAGCCUAGGCCUCUGGAACUGGAGCGUGGAUUCGCUACCAUCCCUCUCCGUGGCAUUGACGUCCCCUUCCACUCCACGUUCUUGCGAUCUGGUGUCAAGCCUUUCCGAUCCUUCUUGAUGAAGAAGAUCAACAAGACCACCAUCGACCCAUCUAAGCUUGUUGGAAAGUACAUCCCCAACGUCACUGCUAAGCCAUUUGCCCUGACCAAGGAGUACUUUGAGGAUGUCUACAAGCUGACCAACUCGCCCAAGAUUGCCAACGUCCUGGCCAACUGGGACAAGUACGCUCAGGAGGAGGUUAACGGUACUGGCGACAGUGAGAGCGGCUCCAAUGGCCACUAUGAGGGCCCCGGCGCUGCUGCUUAA